CAUCUGAUAUAUUAUCACUGUAAUUAUAGUGAUCAUUUGAUAUAUAAUCACUUUGAUUAUAGUGACUAUUUAAUAUAUAAUCACAGUGAUUAUAAUGAUCAUCUGAUAUAUUAUCACUGUAAUUAUAGUGAUCAUUUAAUAUAUUAUCACUUUGAUUAUAGUGAUCAUUUGAUAUAUAAUCACUGUGAUUAUAGUGAUCAUUUAAUAUAUAAUCACUUUGAUUAUAGUGACUAUUUAAUAUAUAAUCCCUUUGAUAAUAGUGAUCAUUUGAUAAAAAAUCACAGUGAUUAUAGUGAUCAUCUGAUAUAUAAUCACUUUGAUUAUAGUGAUUAUCUGAUAUGUAAUCACUUUGAUUAUAGUGAUUAUCUGAUAUAUAAUCACUUUGAUUAUAGUGAUCAUUUGAUAUAUAAUCACUGUGAUUAUUUAUAUAAUCACUGUGAUUAUUUAAUAUAUUAUCAUUGUGAUUAUAGUGAUCAUUUGUGA